AUGGGAGAAAUGGAAUUAUUCACAGAAACAUACUCGUGCCUGUCUGUAAGAGAGGAAAAUUGUGAUGAAAUUAAAACUGCAGAGAAUGAAGUGGCUCCUGGAUUGACAUUCUGCCGAUCAAACAGAAAGUACUAUCCCAAUGGCGAGGUUUUCAAGACUGAUGCUAGUUCAUGCCUAAAAUAUAAGAUUCAAGUUUUUAGUAGAGAACAGCUAGCAAAAACAAAACUUUUAAAUUGUAAAAUUUCAUUGGCUGAAGACUUGAGCAGACUCAAUUGUCAUAAUACUUUCUUUGUACAUGGAUCUAAAAUCAGGGAAAUAAGAGGAUCUAAUAUUGUAGCACAUGACCUAAGGCAUACUGUUGUUGCAGUUAAUUAUAAAUCUUUUGUUCAUAUGUUAUUAACUUUUUCAAACAAAUUAGAGGAUGGUGCCAUAAACAAAAUAAGUGAAUCUCUUCAUAAAGUACUUUAUGAAAAUUCUGAGUGUUUCAUCCCAGAUGAAUUGUUAAAAUCUUUCAGUUGUGCAUAUAUAUAUAAAACUCUUAGUUCAACUGCUGUUAUGAUCAAAGACAUCAAAGAAAGUAUGACAAACUACUGCCAUUUGCUUCAAGACUCUUCUGUUUCAGAAAUCCCACAGUCAGUCAUCCAUAGGAAAUCAAAUCAAUUAGCAUCACAUCGACUAUUAGUGUCUGGAAAAUAUGGUAUAGAGUAUGAUGAUUCAUCAAUAGCAGCAAAUGGUUUAUACGAAAAAGGUUCUACUGAGAAAAACAGUGAUCAACAAAGUGCAUUCCAUAAAACAACUGGUAGUAUAGAGAAGUCUUUAGUACCAUCAGGAACAGGAUAUCAAACACAGGUAUAUAAUAGUAACAUUCAUCAAGCUAACUAUCAUUACAGAGAUGUUCAAGAUGAGCAUUUAGAGUCUCCAGGACAAUGGCAUCAAACAUUAGCAAGCAUCAGAAGCAUUGGUUGUUUUGUGGAUUUUAUGAAUGAUUCUGACAUAUCUACCUCCAUGAAAGGUAAAAUCAAUAGCAAAGAUCUCCAGGAAGCCAACGGAAGAAGCCAGAAUAUAGUCAAAUUUCUUAAAACAGAAAAGGACAGAUAUUUUGAAACAAGAGAGAAUUUAAGAUCUGUUUUAGCUCAAAAUGAAAAAGACUUUUCAACACAGUCACAUAGGAAAGAGAAUACUAGCAGCAAGAUUAUUGAAUCACAUAUUAUAAAUCAAGUCAAAUCACAGAAAGAUUCCUCUGGAAUGGAAAGAAAGUUUUAUGGUAAUUUUAGCUCAAAGUUUAAAGAAAAGGUUGUAAUUCUCCUUGGAGCUUCUGGUAGCGGAAAAACAACAUUGGUAAAUUUUAUUGUCAAUUACUUCCAAGGAGCUAAAGCAGCUGAUGAUAUGCAAGUUUAUGUAGAUGCAAACUCGGGUCGUGUUAAACCAACAACAACCAUUACUGCAUACACAUUCUGCACCGAUGAAACUCAUGCCCCUAUUACUGUUAUUGACACUCCAGGACUAAAUGACUCUUCUAGGGAAGAAAGGAAUGAUAAUAUACAGUCAAUUAAACAAUUCCUGACAAAUGCAGCUUCACAUAAAAUUGAUAUCCAUGCCAUUGGGUUUGUAGUUCAAGCUCAUCUGGUACGAUUAACGUCUUCAGAACAGCUUAUCUUAGAAUACGUUUCAUCAUUGUUUGGGCAGAGUGUUACAGACCACUUGAUUACAUUUGUUACUGCUGCUGACAAUCAAGAGAUUCCUCCUGUGGUUGAAACAAUGAGAAACUUUGACAUAAAAUCAAAGACCUUCUUUAAGUUCAAUAAUUCAGCAAUUAGAAAGAUAGUACAAGAAAUGGAUGACCUUGACAGGCUAUAUUGGAGGAUGGGUUGCAAGAGCUGGAAAAAGUUUUUAAAACUCUUGUUGGACCUUCCACAGCUCUCAGUUAAUACUUUUAAAGCUUUACAAAGUAAAGUUUAUGCAGGAAAAGUAAUUGAAUCAGCAGCAAGAGGUGUAAAAGAAGAACUGAAGAACUUCAUUAAUUUAUGCAAAGACCAUCAAGAUAUGACUAAAGAAGCAUUUGAGAAAUGUGAGCAAGUUUGGGAGUUAGCUUCAGUGUUUAAUCACUUGAAAUGUACUCAAGAGUCUGGUGUUUCUGAUGUAGAGUCUAUUUUAAAGACAUAUGCUAUUGAAGUUUGCAUGGAUAAUUCCUUUAACUCGAAUGAGUGUAUUGAUUUACUUUUUCUUGGACGAUCAAAGGGACUUUUUGCAGCAGGAAUGGGAGUCAUUAGCAGUAUGGGACCUCUUUAUGAGCAUGCUAAGAAAUAUUCUAAUCCAAAACAAUAUGUCGAGCGAGUUCCAAGUAUCCUGCACUGUAUUAGAUGUGAAGAUGAUCAUCAAAUAACUAGAUCAUCAAAAUACUCUGGCAUCAUGAGCUAUAUUUCUGGUUUAGGAAAGAGCAGAGAAAAUAUUACUUUUAAAUGCACAAAAUGUGACUGUGAUGGUAGCUUGCAUAAGGAAAUACCUAUAAGAAUGUCAAAGGCAUCAUUUGACCUUUCCUCAGAACUUUUACUUAAGAACACUAAAAUAGUCAUUACUGAACUUUUACAAGAAAGAUCGCAACCAGGUUACGUCAUAAAACCAGAUAAAUAUUUGCAUCUUAUUAACAUUGCCCUUGACUGCAAAUUUCAAAUACUUAUUGAAGAUCUUUUAAAAAGCUAAAUAACACAGUUUUGAUUUCUGAUAAGGAAUGAUGAAAUUAAUUUGAACAUUCCACAGAAAUUGGGAUUUAAUACUGGUUCUUGCCUUAUGCUGUUCUGAAAGUAGAUAUAUUAGGAUUUCUAUAUGAAAUUAUAUUUUGGUUUCAUAUACUGUAAUUGGAUGAAGAUGUGUUCAUGGAAAUGUAACCUAGACUGAAUUAUUAUAAUAAUGUUCAAUGAUUUUUUAUAUAACAGGUCUCUUGAAUAAUUUUUUGAGGAUAUUCGACAGUUUAAUCAGACAGGAUCAACCAUUUCUAUUCUGAACUAUGAUGGGGUUUACCAGCCAAUAGUUCUUUGCAGCCAAUGACAAUUUAUUUACCAUAAAAUGUUACUUAUCUCUUUGGCCUUCCUAUAUCUUGCAACAUUUGAAGGAGAAAAUGUCUUAGGUGAAGAUAUAUACAGAUCAGUAAUGGUUUGAUUCAUUUAAUCGAAUAAAAAUUUGCCCAUUAUUAUUAAAAAUUGCAUUGUUAUGCUUACACCUCAAUUUUCUUGUAAAAUUUCCUGAUUUUUAGGGUAAGCAGAAAACUUACUUUUCAGUUGUCCUAUUACAUCAAUUCUAUCUUGAUAAGCUCUAAAUCCUCUACGUUCAAUCUUGGUACACUUAUAUCUUUAUGACUCCCAUUUAGACAUCCAAGGUGAUGGUUAGGAAAUUUGCUACCUGAGUUCCAUAGUGCUAUGCUUUCUUUGAUAAUUAUAUACUUGGUGAUAAUAAUGUAAGUAAAAACAGAAUUGAAUUUUCU